AUGGCUUCUCCAACGUAUGUCAACAUCCACUCAAAUGUAGCCCACGACGGCUCUCGCAUGAACAUCAAUGUGAAUGCAAAUAGAUACACAAUCAACCCUGGGUCUGUGGAUAUAGAUCGAUGUCUUCUAGACCUACAAUGGCCUGAGACUUUGAGUGUCAAAGUCCGGCUCAAGUCCGGCAAUCACAAGGUAGUCCCCGGGACCAUAGACUGGAUUUUGCGGGAUUCGUCCUAUCUGGAAUGGUGGAGCAAAGAUGACGUUGGUCUUCUAUGGCUGAAAGGGGGCGCUGGCAAAGGAAAGACGAUGAUUGCGAUCAAUCUCAUUGAUGGUCCUCUACGCCCACAGGCAGAAAUUAGUACAGUGAUUUAUUUCUUCUGUCAAAAUACGAACAAUCAGCUCGACAAUGUCGAGGCAAUCAUCAAAGGGCUCAUCUGGCGAUUGGCUAAACAGCAAGAAGAGCUGAAAAGUAGUCUUGCAAGCCGCUGGAAUCCUGACACACAAAGUUUCAAUAAUAAUAAUACUUCUUGGGAGGCACUUUGGGACAUCCUUCUAGAGAUGCUAGAAAGCUGUAGGCGGCCAAAAAUCUACGUCGUUAUCGAUGCUCUUGACGAAUGCAAAGGCGAGAAUGUGAGAGAGUUCUUGAGAGCGCUGGUCCGAAGUGGGCUGUACAACAACUCCAAAAUCAAAUGGCUACUCAUUAGUCGCUCGUUUGAUAUUGCUGAGCAAGAGCUCUUGCUUGCACCCGACCAAAUAUCAAUCACAAUGGAGGCUAACUCGCAUCACAUCUCGCCACUUGUUAGGGCGUACGUUACUGAUCAAAUAAUGGGACUUGAGCGUCGCCACUUGUAUGGGACGGCACUCAGGUGCGAGAUCGAGGAUGAGCUCAUUUCCAAAGCCGAGAACACAUUCCUUUGGGUUGGUUUAGUCUGCCGGAACUUAGAGAAAAUAGAAAGACGGAAAGCUUUAGCGACAAUACGAGAGUCGCCUACGACUUUGAACGGCAUGUUUGAUCAAAUAAUGACGCAAGUUUGCAAGGGUGAACCCUCUCUUGUGAAAACAUCUUUGCGACUCCUCAAGACCAUGACACUAGCGUUCAGGCCCUUGAAUAAUUUCGAGAUGCGCACUGUAAUUGGACUCACAACGGACUUAUCGAGCGAAAAGACCGAUACCGAGAUCUUGGCUGAUCGAUGUGGUUCGUUCAUCAAUUUCCGUGAAGGAACAACCUCUUUCGAGUUUGUGCACGGAUCAGCAAGAACUUACUUUACUGACGGCAAUGGGAAAAGACACCUGGAUCUCUACGAACAUUACGACCACGCAGAUGUAGCACUAAGCUGUGUGAUGCAAAUGGCCCCUAAUCUCAGGGUCAAUUUUGUUGGUUUACCACAACCCAGCACCAUAGCCUCGAAGGAAGCAGUAUUUGCAAUGGAGGAUCUAGAGACGGUGAAAGUAGGCGCCAGCUUGCAGUACGCGGUCGAGUCCUGGGGACAACACCUUGGACAGGCUGCCAAAACGAAGAAGGUGUUCGAUGCCCUUCGUUGGACAGGCACAAUCGGGAUUUUCCUGCGAACAAAGUUCUUAGAGUGGCUAGAAUUCUCGAGCAUAGUAAAUAGUCUACCAAGCGCGGUGGACACUUUGAAAGUCGUCCGAGAUCUACUUUCUCUCGACGACAUGGCCGAUACAACGACAUUGAUUCAAGACUACGAUCGUUUUCUAACUCGACACUACCAAACCAUCAAGCUUUGGCCAUUGCAGAUAUAUAGCUCAGCCCUUUUAUUCAGUCCACAUGAAAGUGCGGUGAGGAAGAAUAAUCACAGUAAAAUUCCUCGGUGGCUAAAGACGUUGCCAAUGGUCGAUGAGCAGUGGGACUCUCUCUUGAGAACGAUUACAGGUCAUUCGCGAGGCGUCAGUGCCCUAAGCUUCUCACACGAUGGGAAAACUAUAGCCUCUGGAUCAUAUGAUCGAUCUCUCAAGAUAUGGAACAGCGCAAAUGGUGCUCUACAGGAAAACUUCAGAGGUUCCACUGAUUCUCAAGAAUCGCCUGCAAUAUUAACCGUGGCCUAUUCAAGGGACGGCAAAUGGCUUGCGUACGGAAAUGACUCGGGUAUCAUAACAAUUUGUGACUGUGAGGCAGGCUACACUAAGAAAAUCUUUGCUGGCCAUGCCGGGAAAGUUCAGAGCGUAGAGUUCUCACGGGACAGCAACAGACUCCUUUCAUCAGGAAGCGAUGACGUAAUCAAGGUCUGGAAUGUCACCAGUUUCGUCUUGAUAGUGCAAAUCAUAUCCACAGGGCUAACUGCUGUGGCUUUUUCACUCGAUGGGUGGCAGAUCGCAUCUGGGGGUUGCAGGGAUGAGAUUAAGCUUUGGAACAGUAUUACGGGCGAAUGUGAGCGAACAAUGAUGGGCGAUGUAGGGUACGCGACUGCAAUUGCGUAUUCUCCAAGAUAUGGAAGUUUUGCCUCGGCCUCUGGUUAUGAUCCUGGUCUCAUAACGUUGUGGGAUCACACCGCAGGCACGCCUGUUAAAACGUUCGUCGCCCAUCCGAAGUAUGUAGCGUCGUUGGUAUUUUCUUCGGAUGGUAGAAUGAUAGCCUCAGGAUCAGGUGACAACAUGAUCAAAUUAUGGGACUCGAUUACCGGACAUGUCCUUGCGAUAUUCUCAGGUCACACCAUGAGUGUCAACUCCCUGACGUUCUCCCCAAACGAUGAACAGCUCGCGUCCGGGUCUAGAGACGAGACUAUUCGCCUGUGGGACUGUGGAUCUGGGCGCAUGACUCUAAAUACACCGACAAACAUUGAUGGGAGCAUUGAUUCUUUAGCAUUCGCCCCCAAUGGAAGAAGCAUACUCUCAGUAUCUCGCAGCGGAGCCUUACGGCUGUGGGACAAUACAGAGACCAACUUCAAGCAGUCACCAACAAAAUCUGUCGAAUCACAAUCUACCUCAAGUUCUACCGGCUGUGUUACGUUCUCAUUCGAUGGCAAGCUGUUCGCUUCGGCCUCAUUAAAGCAAGUUGAAUUUGACAUCGACAAACCAGAGAGCUUCAAGCGGAAAAGUAACCCAAUGGCAGGCAGGAUUCUCAUUACGAUAGUGGACGCUGCGUUAGGUACUUUCGUCCGAAAUAUACAGACUGACCAUGAAGACUUUAUUACACAAUUGGCAUUCUCACCAGAUGGAAAUUGGAUAGCAUCAACUGCGAUGGACAUGACAAUGAAGAUUUGGAAUUCUGUCACUGGAAAAUUACAAAAGACCCUCACUGUCAAAGGGCCCGCACACUUCACAGCGAUGAAAUUCUCGCCGGACGGCCUUAUGAUCGCGACGGCAUCUACAGCGAAUAAAUUCACGGACAACAUACUCACACUUUGGAAUAUCGAAAAGUUCCUGAAGAGCAGGACACUAAAGGAUAAAUUUCGAAAGAGCGAAAAGGCCCCAGUCACCCACGAGAUCAGAGUCCCCGAGCCAAUCUACCUUUUUUUCUUUUUCCCAAAAGACAACACUCUUGCAACAGACAUCGGGGUCCUAAAAAUUGAAGACAUCUUGCAUGGCGCAUCAAACCUUGGGGAACUAAGCACAGGCAUGCUUUGCGUGAGAAGAGGUUGGAUCUGCUGUGGGGUCUGGCCCCUGCUCUGGCUCGGGUCCGAUUUUGGACAUGCAACUUACGAUGUACGAGGGUCUCAAUUGGCCAUCGGUUUCGACUCCGGUCGGAUUGUGAGGAUUGAUAUCGAUACGAACGCCUUGCUUCGGUCAUUCGAUAUCUCUCCUACUGCUCAGUUGAUGAUGAGAUAUCCUGAAGAUGAUAGACCUAGGCAUCCAGUGAUGCAGAAAUAUGGUAAUGUUUGA